AUGACAAUGGAUGAUAGUUUGAUGGAUGAGGAAGAAGUUGUGGACACAAUUGAACAAGUUGCGAAAAUUGAUAAAUCGCACGCAAAAGCCAUUGUUAAAUUGCACGCGUUUCGAUAUGGAAGACAGAUUGCGAUUAUUAGUGUGGCACAUGAUUCGGCAAAAUUGUGGAUUUUGUGAGUUUUUUUUGGGGAUGCCGGUGGUUUUCUGAACAUUUUGAGUCCAAACAUGAUUAUUUUUUGAAAGAAAAAUUGGAAAAUUAGUCACCCUAACUUUCUACAUCAUAAAAUUUUUUUUGAAAUUUCAAAGUGUUUUAUUUCAAAAAACUCACUGUUUCAAAAUUGUUUCCUCAAAAUUGUUCCCCAAACAAAAGAUUAGCUAUGAAAAUUCUUGUAUUAGUUUUUUUUUCACUGUUUCACAAAUUUUUUGAUUGAAAUACUAAUUUUUAUUUUUAAUAUGGUACUGAGAAAUUUUCAAUGACAAAAAUUAACCAAAAAUUCAUUAAAACCAAGUGGAUUUUCAUUUUUUUUUCAAUUAAAACUAAUUUUUAAAAUACCGAAAAGUGUAAUUUCUCUGAAUUUUAGCAAUCAUUUUUGAAACAGUAGAAUUGUGAGUUACUUGGAUGAUUUUCCUCUUUUCACAAUUUUUUCACUGUUUCACAGAAAUUUGAAGAAAAUCCAAGGAAAUUUGGUUUUGUUUUGUCCGUAACUUUUUCAAAUGAAAAACUCCAUAUUAAUAAUAGAAAAUAAUUAAAAAUUUCACUGCUUCAAAAAAGUAUUUUGAAUUUCAAGAAGAAACCGUUUCUGAUAAAAUUCUUAUUUUUAUUUCUUUCACUGAAAAUUGUUUUUUAUUUUUCACUGUUUCACAGAAAUUAGAACAAAAUUAAAGAGUUUUGGGUUGUGCUUUAACCAUCAUCCAAUUUUGCAAAUUAAAAACUCCCUAAUGAUAUCUGAAAAAUAUCUGAGAAUUCUACUGUUUCAAAAGAAUGUCACAAAAUUUGAAAAAACAGAACAAUCUGAUUUCAUUAUUUUUUCAAUAUCUUGAAAAAUCCCAUUUUUUUCCAGAAAUGAAGAUCGAAAAAAUCGAAAAGCCAAUUUGGUCGAAAAAGCCACACUUGGAACAUGGAGAUUUGCUGUUCAAUCAGCUGAUGUUAGUCAAGAUGGACGACGUGAGUUGGAUUUUUUCGCUGUUUUGAAAAAUAUUGUUAUGAAAACUUCACCAGUGACUAGGAAUUUCAAAAAAAUUAUAAUGAAUUUUUGAAACGUAAAAAAUCCGUCAUCUUUUUUUCGGGUGAAAAAAUUUACUGUUUCAAGAAAUUUUAUUUUAAAAAUUUUAUUUUCACAAUAAUUCGCAAUACGAUUUUAAAGAAAUUGACAAAAAUUACAAAAAUAGAAAAAAUUAACUGUUUCAUAAGAUUCUGAACAAGGAAGGCCUUUAAAAAUUUAAUUUUGUUAUGCAGACGUAUUUUUCGUACAAAAUUUAUCGAUUUUUCACAAUUUUGAGCCCAAGAAACAUGGCUCAAUGGUUCUAUAUUUUUUUCUGAAAAUUAUACGUUUCAGAAAUAUUUCUUUUGAAAAUUUGGAUAUAUCAGUUCAUUAUGUUGAAUAUUCUGGCCAUAAACAAAUUGUGCUAAAGUCAUAGAGCCCCUAAACUUGCUCAUAGGUCCAUUAUGGUUUCAAGAAGUCCCUGUUUCAGAAAUUGUUCUUUUAAAAAAUUGGAUUUUACAAACAAUUUGUCGUUGUUCUUCUGAAAAAUUAUGGAAUUUCGAAAUCUGGCCAAUUGUUAUCCAAAAAAUUCACUGUUUCAAAUUUUUCUAUCCCAAAAAAUCCCUUUUCUCAUUUCAGAUUUGAUUGUUGUCUCAAUCGAUUCAAAAGUGUAUGAUAUUUCAUUGGAAGAUAUCGAAAAUAAUUUCCAAAUCGAACGCGAUUUUGAUUGUAUGGAAGUUGUUCAUGUCUCGAUUGCACCAACAAAUAACACAUUUUUGACUUGUAAGAUUUCAACUUAAAAAUCUAACUUUUAACUUAAAAAUCCCGAUUUCUUCAAUUUUCAGCUGGUUUUUCGUGUGGUUUGGCUGAAAUUGAGAUUGCUAACAAUUCGACGAACUUUUUCAGAAAGGAGAAAUUUUCGAAUAGCAAAGCGAUUAGUUGCUUGAAAUAUGUGAGUUGCUUUUGGGGAAGAGAAGAAAAUUAUUUGGAGAUUUUUUGA